UUUCGUGUUAUUUCGGGUCGGAUACGGGUCAAGUCGGCAACGGGUUACGGUGUUAGACUUGGUAUAUGGUUGACCGAGUUUGUUGGAGGUGGAGUUGAGGAGAGGUGAACGUUGGAAUCUGUUAGCUUGAAAGUAGGAGCACGUGAUAUAUUAUGCAUGUGGUUUUAUUUGUUAAGUUUAUGUAUAAAUAGGUUAUCAGGACUUCAUUGUUUUUUUGUACUCUCAAUUUCAUAAAGAAAGUUUGCAAGAAUUCCUAGGGUUCGUGAGUGUUUAAUUGUUUGAUCUUUGGGCCUGAUAACCAACAACCAUCUAUACAUAUAUUUAAAUGCAUAUCAAAGUGAAGCAUUUAUAUAAAUUCUAUUUCCCUAUGUAUUCAUACUUCCUCAAAUUGAGUUAAAUGGAUAAACAAAAUGAAUGCAACAUUCCAGGAAUCCAUGUUCAUCAAAUGAAAGAGAUCGAAGAACAAUAUCAGUUAUUGAAUCAUGAACGAUCACGUAUCAAUGAAGAAUUAGCACAGGAGAAGGCAGAUGAAGAACAAAUAAACCAGAAACUAACGAGGUUUUCGUACCUUGAUAAGCUAAUAGAAUGGAAGAUGUUGGAAAUUGAGAAUAUUGAACAUUGGAAUCCAGAUUAUAAACUCAGGCUUGGUGUUCCAUUUCGUUUGGCAUCAAGAAGAACAGGUGGAAAAGAUGUUAAAACAACAGUAAGACCAGAUCUGAAACAUUGCCGGAAACUGCUUGUCAAGAAAGGGAGGAUGGACAUCAAUUAUUUGGAAGAAGUUCUAGAAGAACAUAUAUGUUCAAUGAAAUCGAGUGACAUGACAUAUACUGGCACGCUAGAACUUAGCGAUAUGAUGGAGUGCAUGGCGCAAAGGAUCCAACAUGGAAACAAGAAACGUGCAGACGAAAUGAAAAUUUUUAAAAAAAUAAGCAACUUCUUGGAGACCAAAGAAAGUUUCACUGAACCAGAAUCCCACCCUCAGUGGUCACCAGGAAGAUCAAAGCGAGAUACCGAUUAUAAUCUAUAUAGAAGGCAUCAUAAACUAAGUAUUUUGUUGGAAGACGCUGACACACUAAAGAGGGAACAACACGAACGUCAAGCAAAAGCUAAAAGACUUAAAGCCGAGUUGCAAUAUGUGAGAAAGAAGACCAAUUAUUUAAACAACCAGCUUGAAAAUGUUGAUUCAAAGAUACUCAAAGCCUAUAAACACCGCAACGAGCUUCGAGACCAAAAGAAAGAGUUGGUAUCGUAAAUAUCCUUUUUUCCAUUUUGGAAAACAUAAUUGAUUUUAGAAGUAACAAUCAAGAUGUGAUCUUCGAUGGUUGUGACUUGUGAAUGUUUGGUUUGAUGGGUCCAUGAGGUAAUUGAACUAUUUAAUACAAAGCAAAUAAAAUUUGUAAACAAGUUACAUAGAAUACAACAUGGUGACCUUUCAUUAUGAUAUAUUGUUACAUGUUCUUCGAAUUGAUGUUUUUAUGUUGGAAAUGUAUUUUUUUU